UUUUUAUGCGCGCGUGAUCGGUUUCCGGUUCCUGGGGUCGGCGCGUGUUGUUUCUCUCGAUCUGCUCGCUGCUGCGAGGCUUCCCCCCUCCCCUCCGCGGUGUGCUGCCGAGAGCUGCUGUAGGGAUGAUGACGAUGGCGGAGCUGGUGCAGGGACAGGCCUCGGUGGCUCAGCCUGGGAUGAAAGCAGACGGGUUCGCCGACGCCUUGCACAGAGCCCGACAGAUUGCCGCGAAAAUGGGAGGUGACCAGAUGACCCACUUGAACAACUCGUCACCAGUCGUAGAUCCUUCCCUCUAUGGCUAUGGGGGACAGAAGCGAACCUUGGAGGAGGGAGUGGGAGGCCAACUGGGUGCAAUGGUACAUCAAAGGGCUAUUAUGACAGAGGACUUCAAAGUGCCUGAUAAGAUGGUUGGAUUCAUUAUUGGCCGUGGAGGAGAGCAGAUCACACGGAUUCAGCUGGAAUCUGGCUGCAAGAUUCAGAUUGCAGCCGACAGUGGCGGUAUGAUGGACCGCCCCUGCACGCUGACGGGAAGCCCCGAGAACAUUGAACAUGCAAAGCGGCUGUUGGGCCAGAUUGUGGAGCGCUGCCGGAACGGACCCGGCUUCCACAGUGAGCUGGAGGGCACCAGUGCCGUCCAGGAGAUCCUCAUACCAGCCAGCAAAGUGGGCCUGGUCAUCGGGAAGGGAGGGGACACCAUCAAGCACCUCCAGGAGAGAACGGGAGUGAAGAUGAUCAUGAUCCAGGACGGUCCCAUGCCGACAGGCGCGGACAAGCCGCUGAGAAUCACUGGGGAUCCUUUCAAAGUGCAGCAAGCACGAGAGCUGGUGGUGGAGAUCAUCAAGGACCAGGGGGACUUUCGCAGUGGCAGAGGCGACUUCGGGUCCAGAUUGGGUGGAAGCAGCUUGGACGUAGCGGUCCCCAGGUUCGCUGUGGGGAUUGUCAUCGGGAGGAAUGGCGAGAUGAUCAAGAAGAUUCAGAACGAUGCAGGAGUCCGGAUUCAGUUCAAGCCAGAUGAUGGCAUCAGCCCUGACAGAGUUGCCCAGGUGAUGGGCCAGCCGGAAAGGUGCCAGCAUGCAGUCCACCUCAUCAAUGAGCUCGUCCACACUGCACAGGAGCGUGAUGGCUUUGGCGGGCCGGUGGGCCUCCGGAGCAGAGGUCGAGGCCGCGGCGAGUGGAACAUGGCGUCGCCGGGCAGCCUGCAGGAAGUGACAUACACAAUACCUGCCGACAAGUGUGGCCUAGUGAUAGGUAAAGGUGGGGAAACCAUCAAGAACAUCAACCAGCAGUCUGGAGCCCACGUGGAGCUGCAGAGGAACCCGCCGCCCAACACUGACCCCAACCACCGUAUCUUCUCCAUCAGGGGCUCCCCACAGCAGAUCGGGAUGGCUCGGCAGUUGAUUGACGAGAAGAUUGGGGGCACAGGGCUGGGGAGCAGCAGUAGCUUUGGACUUGGCCCUUUCACCCAAGGUCCAGCCACCACUCACCAAAACGGCCCACAGACAUUCAUGACAGGAGGAUGGGGGGCAACGUAUCAGACAUGGCAGCCGCAGGGGCAACAGGACCCCAGUCCCAAUGGAUCUCAGGCUGGACAGAUCGACUAUUCCAAAGCGUGGGAGCAGUAUUACAAAAAGCUUGGUCAGCAGAGCCAAGCCCAGACUACAGGCCCCGACUACAGCAAGGCAUGGGAGGAGUACUACAAGAAACAGAGCCAGGUGACUGGCCCCACCUCCCAGCAAAGCUCGACCCCUGAUUACAGCGCUGCCUGGGUUGAAUACUACAGACAGCAGGGCGGGUACUAUGGGCAAGGUGCACAGCAGGGACUGGCUCCAGGUCUUCAGGAACAUUAGAUUGGAGUCCUUUUAGUUGAAGAUUUUGGAAUCAAGAGGAUUAAAAAAACAAAAAAAACCUUUUGUAAUGGAGGUUUCUAGAUUUGCGAUGCCUUGAAGACUUUAUUUUUAGUGAGAAACACUAGCUGUAGGAUGACUUAAACAAUUAAAAUAUUUCUAAAUCAGGAACAUUUAAUUACUAAAUACUUGUGUACAUCAUUAUUUUGAAUGGACAAUAUCUGGGGUCCAUUUUGGACUCAUUCUUUUUUUUAAAUUUCUUUCUUUAUUAAAAUGGGAAAAAAAACAACCAAAAUGUACCCCGGAGUUGUAACAUUUCAACAAAUCGCAAUAUAAUCUAUUUUUUCUAGUUCUGUUGCAAUAAAAAUCGUGAUUAUAUUGGCUUAGCAGUCUUGAAUAGGUCUUGGUUUUUUUUUUUUUGUCAUGAAAGAACUGAUGUUUUAAGAAUGUGUGUAAAAUGAUUUUUUUGUUUCUUUUACAUAACACAUUUUAAUUCAGUGAAAUGAAACUGUGAUAUUUCGUUACAGGAAAUGUAUUUUGUUACAAAAUACCAGUUGUGUUGACAUAGCGGUCAGUUUCUAAUUUAAUGCGUUUUGUCUGUUGUACUCUGGUUUAAAUAAGGUGCAAUGUCUCAUUUCAUUUUUUUUUUUUUUUUGAAACAAAGAUGGAUUCUAAUAUUUUGAUGGGCGUUUAACUUGUAGUUCUUAGAUAAUUUUUUUUUUUAAGUAUUUGAAAAUGUAAUGGAUAAUUUUUUAUUACUAUGGUCUGAUAUUGGGAGUGGGAGGGUAUUUGGCUAUAUUGCGAGUUGCCUUUUGCUAUCUUGUUAAACUAUGUAAGUAUGCUCAUACUUGACUAAAUACUUUAUUUAAAUGUAUAAUUAAAUCAGAGUUUGUUGGUUUCAUAAACUAUCCCUAUUCUGUUUUCAUACUGAAAAAUGUUUAAAUUGUGAAUGUGUAAUUUGAAAUCUGAUGUUGCAUCUUGCUAUGGCUAAAAUGUCUUGGUUUUAUGUAUGCUCUGUGCUUUGACUAUUCAAAACUGCUAGGCCUCUGAAAUCUACCUGUGUAAUAAUUAAUAGCUUUUUUAUAUUCUAAGUAUUAAGAUCAAAGUUGUCUUAUUUCCUACCAGCCAGAAUUCCUGGAGCCCCAACCAUUACACUGAUUCAAAGUUCGAUGCUAAUAAGUUUUUAAAUAUUUCUUUCUACCGUGUGAUCUAAUAUAUGUAUGAUUAGUUAUGAAAUGAAUCUAGUAUUAACUGCAUUACUUAAUGAAAAGGGAUAUUAUAAUUUCAAAAUGUUUAAUUUUAGUUUUUUCUCAUGUGUACAGAUGUGUAUUAAAAAGUCAAAAGUAA